UCCUCGGACCUCGACCCGCGGGAGGUCGCGUCCUGCUGCGACGGUGAAGUGAUGUGCGCGUAGCCGACGAUGUGCCCCCGGCGAGUGAGUGUUGUGAGAUGCACGCGAGGUGACCGCCCGCGCCGGCCCGCGCGACCGUAGCCAUGUGGACUCUGCUGCUGCACACCCUGGCCCUUGUCGCUCUCGGCGGAGGGGCCACCUUCACCCCCAACAAGGAACUGCUCGAGUGCGCGAGCCAGAUCCUGUACAUGGACCAGCAUAUCUACCAGAUACCAACAAACUACAAUAGGAACAUUCCGCCUGGGAAAAACACCACCGUGUACAUAGGUGUGAACGUCAACAGGGUGUCCGGAGUUGAUGAGAACAAAGGGGAGAUAACAUUGGACAUUUUCCUGCAAGUAUCAUGGGAGGAGCAUCGGUUACACAUUCCGAAGAACACGCCGUUCAUCGACCUGCCAUGGGAGUACCGGCAGCUGAUCUGGACGCCGGACCUGUACAUCUGGCAGCUGCAGACCAUGAGGAUCCUCUCCGUGCUCCAGGAGAUGGCGUCACUUAGGCUGUAUUCCAAUGGCACCGUCUCAGUCAGUAUUGGUGCUACCAUCACAAUCAAGUGCGAGAUGGACUUCGUUCUGUAUCCAUUGGACGUGCAGAAUUGUGCAAUAGACUUCAGUAGUUAUAAGUACACAACACAAGACGUUCGGUUCGAGUGGCGUGACGUGGCGUCGUGGUUGGGCCUGGGUCUGAUUAGCGAGCAACGCAGCCACUUCCGACUCCCCAAAUACGUUGUGACGUUCGUCACGGACAAAAGUAAACAUAUUCGCAAUUUUGGUGAAGGCGAGCACUCAGCAGCUCGUCUGCAAAUCAAACUAUCCAGAGAGCUCCGGAGCUAUCUCCUGGAGAGCUACCUGCCUUCCUCCCUGUUCGUGAUCAUCUCCUGGGGCAGCUUUUGCGUCAUCCCGGAGAUCGUGCCGGGUCGAAUGGUGCUGUUAGUGACCACGCUGCUCUCGCUGGUCACGAUGUUUGACACAGUCAGCACAAAUUCUCCAGAUGCACUCGAGCUGAAGUGCAUAGAAGUUUGGCUGAUCUCGUGCACUUUGUUCGUGUUCUUCGCACUCCUGGAGUACUUCGUUGUGCUGUUUGGAAUCCGGUACGACAAGAACUGGAGCAGGCGACGGCAGGACCUGAGAAGAGCGGCCUCAGCCGCCCAGCUCGCGCCGCCGCCCUUACAUAUCAACCAUUCACAGAGGUUAAGCACCCCUGUGACGGGUACACCGCAAGGCGGUGUCUUCUCCCCGCAACUAAGCGUCGAGGACGAAGGCCUAAAACAACAGUUCUCCCACCAGACCAUCCAAAGGGAUUCCCCCAUUUUGGAGGCAAUGGCCAGUGGUGAUCGGCCGACUGGCGCCAUGGCGCGUAUGUCGGCGAUGGUGUAUGACGGCGUCAUGUUCUGUGGCGCCCAACAUGGUACACUAGACCGUAUCGCCCUUAUUCUAUUCCCAGUAGGUUUCUUCCUUUUCAAUAUCAUCUACUGGACAACAUACCUCAGUGAAGCGUCACGAGAUAAAUAAGUGCCGGAGAAGUUCCUGUGAAUGUGACUUAUACUUUGCAAUAUCACAGACGAGAUGUGAUUAUAGUGCCUCAGACUUUGUAAUAUAUUUAUGUAAAUAUUAGACAAUUGCUAGUCUACUUACGGAUAGUAGUGUGACCCUUUGAGCGUUAUUAAUUAUUUAUAAGAAAUCAUCAAGUAUUUAGAUUUAAAAGAAAAAAGCACAUGCUGUGUCUACAUCAGCAACAAGAUCGUGUGAACAACGCUUUACCAAACCGAAAGUUGCUACGUUUGUCGCUGAUGGGCAUGGAAUAAGUACCAUGUAAUAAUCACGAUACCUUAACAUUUAUGGGACUUACCAAUGCUUUGGCCAUACCUAUGGAAUAAGGACAGAUUUACUAAUAUGAUUACCUAGGCUAUGGUUUAACACUAAAUUCAAAACUUAUUAAAGUUUCAAUAUCUAAAUCUAGCGUACCUACCUACUGGCUAACAUAUCAGAACGAAAAUGUGAUAAAUAUUUUAUUUGAUUAUUUUCGUAUUUUAAAAUUACACAAAUUGUUAUUACAAUACCUACCUAAUUAGUAGGCUGAGUGGGACCAUAACUGAGCUUGGUAUAUUUAAAAAUAUUAACUCAAAAGGUGCCUUUUCUUUUAAAAUGUUUAUUUUAAAAUAUCUAUUGUGAAUUUUAAUGUUCGACGUAAACAUUUACUCAUCAAUUAAGAUGUGUGAUGUCGUUUACUGUACUAGGUACAUUUUAUUACCAACUUUAUAUCAUGGUAACAGACCCCAUAGUGAUUAUUAAUAAAUACCUAAAUGGUUAAGCUUUUAAAAUUAAAUAAUUAAAAUACAAACGCCUUCAUAGUUCUAAGAUCAGUUCAUUAAAUAUAAGAUUUUGAAAUGUAGUGCUUAUUUUGCAAUCACAUUUCUAUAAAAUGUAAUUCCUUUGAUAAUAAGUGAUAGAAAACUUUAAAAAAUUAUGUCAUAGGCGAAUUACUUCUAUGAGAAAUGUAAUUAUUGAAAGCAUUAUCAAGCCAUCGGCCCAUAUUACAGAAAGAGACUCAAAACUCGUUUUAAGCAGAUCCAAGAUCCGUUGAAUUUAAGUGAAUAAGAGCAAACACUAAAAAGCUCCAGAUUAAAACUAGUUUUAGUUAGUUUCGUACCUAAUCAAGCCUUAAAUUACUACUCCAGUGAUUGUCCUUUUGAGUGAUUUCAGUACCUCUAGCACGAAAAAUUACGUCUUCGAAUCGUUUGCGUAUUCGACAAAAUUCGAUACCCAGCCUUCGAAUUCAACGAUAACGUGACGAUAUCGAUUGUAAAAAAUAAUUUCGUGCUAUCAUUUUCCAUACUUAGUUUCACGUCACGUUCACAGGGGCGCUGUUUAUGUUUUCAUACUAAAUCUUUUGAUGGCGAUUCGAAUACGCAAACAAUUCGAAAUUCGAAGUCAAAAG